CUGAGGGCAGCGUGACGGGCGGCAUGCGACAGCAGGACAGCCGCUCCAGUUUGGAGUGUGCUAUUGAUGAGAGAGGAGGUGUGAGAGGGCAGUUGCAAGCGACUCUCCCUCACUGUCGCGAUGCUCGGCGUGAGGUGUCUGGUGGUAGUGGUGGCGGCAGCGGUGCGGUGUGCGGGGUUGGAAGAUGAACCUAGGAUCGGUGGGUUAAUCCCCAAGCCGGUUCUGACUGGGGGCUUCUUUGGAGGCCCACCAGUGGAGGCCGUUGCUGCCGAGCCUGACUCUGUACAUGAAGACCAAGUUCUGACUGGAGGCAAACCGACGGAGACCAUUGUUGUUCAACCUGACCCUGUAGAGGAAGCUGAAGCGAGUGUGAUCGAUGUCAGCCGUCUGCACGGAAUAAACCCCAUCGAUGCUGACAGCGGAGCGGCUGGUGGCGUGGCGGCCAGUGGAGGCAGGGAUGCGAGCCUCUUCGGUCCAGUGUCUUCGCCGUUCUUCUUCAUGUGCCAGUACCCGCAGACGGGAGAACCUUCAAGUCUAGGGGAGGAAGACGUGACGCUGAAGGUUGAGUUUGCUGGCCGGAAGGACCCAAGAGACGGCUACGAGCCACACUCGGUGUACGAAGUGACAAUCACCUCCAGCGUGCUGUUUGACGGCUUGCUAGUGACCGGGGUGCACGCCUUCACAAAGAAACUCACCGCCGCUCACCACCUCUCUCUGCCCGCCUCCCUACACGGCGGAGCACCUGAGGGCUUGGCGUGUGCUGUGCUCCACUCUCACAUCUCCAGACGCCCGCGCUCCCACCUCUCCUUCCUGUGGAUGGCGCCUCCCUCUGGCACCGGAUGCGUCGCCUUCUUGUCCCAGGGCUCCCUCCAAGGCCAAAUACUCUUCAAAGACUUGAAAAUCUUGGAGGUGUGCGAAAAAGAUGCGGCGGGUCAAUUGCAAAUGCUGGAGUCCCUCUUCACGGGACGAGACCAGCACGGUUACGUCUUCAGGGAUGAUUUCGAAGGAGCCAGCCUGGACACCUCCAUCUGGAAAGAAAUGCGCGGCGGCGCGGUGAGUGGCGGUGGGGGCCAGACCAGCCAGGGAGCCGCCGCCACCUUCACACAGCAGGACGCGGCGCUGCUCACUGCCCCUCUAGACAUGUCCACUGGUCGCCAGCUCCGGUUUGUCCUCAGUUCAGGAUCUUGUCCAGGCAGCACUGAGGUGGAGCUUCUGUAUGGCACCAGUGACUCCCAGGAUGAACUGAUUACUAUAUCCCAAGAGGCUGACCAGAAUGAAGAGGGCAGUGGUGAGGUUCCUUCAACUGCAAGUGCCAUAAGACCAGAAAAUGACUCCAAGAUGGCCCAUGUGUUCCCCGACACUGGGUGCUCUGCUUGGGAGGUUGUUCAUACCUACAGAGCUGCAGCCAACAGUGAGGUGCACAUCCUGCCAGUGCCACAAAGGUACCGGCAGCGUGGUGUGUGUGUUGGAUGGCGGCCCACAGUGAACCCUAACAAUUCGUACUGUUGGGCCUUGGAUGAUGUAGCACUGGUCACUGAUCAUGCCUCCCACCAGCCCCUUCAGGAUGACUUUGACCCUGUUGACCCAGCUAACUGGAUGUUCUUCCCAGGUGCCAGAGUCAAGGAAUGGUGUGGCUCAGAGGGGAACAGUCUGGUGUUUGAGGGUGAUUCUGAGAACCGAUGGACCACCACUCGCCUCCUAGACCUGUCAUUCGAACCCCCCUCAGAAGACAUCCUUCUGGAACACACCUUUGUGGAUGACACUCCCACAGGGUGGGAAGUGACAGGCGGCAGUGUGCAGCUGUGUGGCGGACAACACCGGUUGGUGUUUGAAGGGACACCAGCUAAAGUGUGCACACCCAUGCUGACUAUCAGAGACAUGGGUGUGGUUAGCCUGGCCAUGAGCUUGAGAGAGUGUGGAAGGGAUGUGGCUGGACCAGUGGGAGUCAAGGUGUACUGGGAGGAGCAGCGAGGCCAAGUGGAGAUGAUAGGAGCCAUUAAUGUGACCAGCACCCGCCUGCAGCACACCUUGCCCGUCACUCCUCAGCUCCUGCCUCAGCAAGCCAGGGUGUGUAUGGAGAGCAUGAACAAUAGAUUUGGUGGAUGGACAGUGGACACCAUCAGGUUGCUGCCCUGGAUGCCAACACAGCCACCACACUACUUACAGGCACGUGUGAACUUGGAGUGUGGUGGCAGCCAGAGUGAAGUGGAUGUAGAGAGCAGCAGUGAUGGGGGAGCCUCCUGGACACCCCUGCACCGCCCCUGCCUGCCGGGAAGCUGCACCGGCGCUCACUCAGCCCUCACCUCAGCCAUCGUGCCAGACAGUGUAGACAGGUGGGGUCUGGUGACUCUGCCACUGCCAUACAUCUCCCUCACUCCCCACACACGCCUGAGAGUGAAGCAGCUGGAGGACAACAGAGGCAGCAGUGAUCACCCAUGGGCCAUUGACAAUGUGUACAUUGGGAGGUGUGCCCAGGGUUGCAGUGGGCGAGGCCUGUGUCAACCAGGCGGUGUCUGCAAGUGUGAGUACGGCUACAGCGGAGAGGCAUGUCAGCACUCUGAGCGAGCUAACCCAAUCUACAUCUCAGAGCCAUUUAACUCAGGCAUGUUCAGCAGUGCCAACUUGCUUGAGAUGACAGGAGGCACCAACAGCUUCCGGUGUGGUGUGGUGGGGACAGGCACUGCUGCUGUCUUCAGUGGUCGUGGGCGGCGGGCAGUCACCACCGUGGAUGUUAACACCACACAGGCACACUUCCUGCAAUUCCACUACUUAGCUGGAACCUUCAGUGAUGUGGGCAAGUGUCCUGGGCCAGUGGAAGAAGAGGAGAGUGUGUAUGUCCACUACUCCUGUGAUGGUGGGGUGUCAUGGCACCUCCUCCACACCCUGCACGCUGCCACACACAAGGAGCCCAGCCACUUGUCACUGGACCUACCAGGGGGAGCACGGGGACCCAGCUGCCGCUUCCAGGUGUGGCAAGAGCAACACUCUGGUGCUGGCAGGGAUGUGUGGGCCAUUGAUGACCUCACCAUCACCUCUCAGAUCUACAACACCAUCCAGCUUGACUUCAGUGAUGCAGCAGCUGUCAACAAUUCACUUAGGUUUCACUUGGGCCAGCUGGGCGAGGAUGUGUGUGGCCGGGAGUCAGCGCUCAUGUUUGAUGACAUCAUUGCCAGUGACACUUCCCGGUUCGUGGAGACAAAAUCCCUAGGCAUUGGGCCCUCACACAUGAUGCAGUUUGACUUGGUUAUUGCCUGUGGGAGUGAACCACUGCAGGAUUCCUUAAACAAGGUUGUGCUGGAGUAUUCCUUGAACCAUGGCAUCACCUGGAGUCUGGUGCACCGGCCCUGCACUCCUGCUCUACCUGGCUGCAGUGCCUCCUACACCCGUGGCACAGUCUACCAUGCCUCGGAGUUCCCCAGCUGGAAGAGAGUGACACUCCGUCUGCCGCAACACACCUGGUCACCAACAACACGGCUGCGACUCCGACAGACACAAGACAACGACAUUGGGGAGUCAUGGGCCAUGGACAACCUGUACAUCGGUCGCCAGUGUCCCGGGCUGUGCUCCGGCCAUGGCCACUGCACUUCUGCUGGCUGCAGGUGUGAUGACAACUUCCAUGGCCACAACUGCCUGCCACUCCACAAGCUGCACCACCAGCUGGACGCCACCUUUGACAACGACAAUGAUGUGGUGAAGUAUGACCUGAAGGUGACAGGUGGCAGCCUGGCACCACCCGGGGAUGGUUGUGGUGUGGUGCUCUCCAACAACAGCCUCUACUUUGGUGCUCCUGGUGUACGGCAGCUAGAGACAGACGACUUCAAUGCUGCCCAGCUGGAGGUGAUCACCCUGAUGUUGGUGAUUGGCAGCGGCUCAACCACCAGCUGCCUUCCUGCCCUCCAUCAAGAGACGCCUGGUGCUGGCAGUGUCGUGUUGGAGUAUUCCACUGACGGCGGCCUGAGCUGGGCUCUGCUACAGGAGCUGCUUCCUGCCGACCACCGCACCCCAAGACUGGUGAGUGUCAAGCUGGACACAAUGGAGCAUGGAGAGUCCGGUGUGGUGAGAUUCCGGUUGUGGCAGCCAACACACGAUGGGCAGAACCAGUGGGCAGUGGACAACCUGAGGGUGGCGGCUGAGCAGCCACUCAGCACCCUGCAGGCUGACAUGGCUCCAAACUCCACCGUAGCUUCCCCAUGGCUCUUUGUGACCAGCAGCAGCUAUGGCCACUACUGUGGCAGUGACACAGAGGUGCAGGUGAUGGAUGGAGCUGAGAGAGUGCGGGAGGCAGUAACUCAUCCACUCAUACUUUCUCCCAGUGAUGUCAUCACCUUCCAGAUCAGUGUGGGCUGCAAGGAAAUAUCUGGGGCUGGCCAGCCAGUGUUCCUGCAGUACUCCCAAGACAGUGGACGCACCUGGCACCUGCUGCGCCCUGGGUGUCCUGCUGCAGCUGUGCACUGUGAAGGCCCUACUGAACCAAGUGUGUACCACCCAGGCCACCAUGGACCCUGGAGCCGCUUCCUCAUCCCCGUGGACCACCGGCUCUCACAAAGGCAAAUACAGCUGAGGUGGCUGCAGAACAACCCCAGUGGCACAGCAGGCAAUGAGUUCGCACUGCAGGAUCUGUACAUUGGCCCACCUUGCCGCCACAACUGCCACGGCCAUGGGCUGUGCACUGCCGCUGGCCACUGCAAGUGUGACCCAGAAUACAAGGGGACCUACUGUGGCAAGUUCCCCAGCAAGCCAGUCCGUUGGAUGCACGACAACUUUGAGGAUGGUGGUGUGUUGGGGCACUGGGCACGGGUGGAGGGGGCAGUGGUGGGGCAGGGCUGUGGUGUCCAGAAGGGAGGGAACACACUGCUCUUCUCAGGCCCGGGACAUCGCAUGGCCACCACAAAGGAAGUAGACACCCGAGCCAUCAGGUACCUGGUAUUCAACUUGCAAAUUGGGUCAUGGGAGGCACGGGGCCGCUGCCAGCAGGGCCAGGCACCUCGGGACAAUGUGGCAGUUGAGUUCUCUCCUGACAAUGGCCAGACAUGGACAGCACUGCAGCACUUUGAGCCAGCACACACCACCCUCAGGAAGGAGCCAUUCUUUGUGCCGCUGCCCCCCAAAGCACGCACCAGACACACACGCUUCCGCUGGUGGCAGGCAGCAGGGGACAUGAUGUCAGAUGAGACUUUCCCUGAGGAGCGUGCUGAUUGGCAUCUGGAUAAUGUGAUGGUGCUGGCCAAUGAAACUCUGCCAUCCACACUCCACCACACGGCCGGUGAUGCUGACUCCUUGCCUCAUGUCUGGUUCCUGCACGAGGGAGCCUCCUUCCAGCCAGCAUGUGACAGGAACACAUCUGUCAUGCUCUUCUCAGGACCCACUGGCCCCAGAUAUGCAGAGACCUGGGACGUGCAUGCUUCUGGGGCCACCGUGGUUCAGUUUGACAUCAAGAUCGGGUGUGGUGGAAGUGGUGGUAACAGCAUAAGUAACACUCCUUCUGUGGUGGAGCUGCAAUAUUCAGUUGAUAAUGGGAAGACCUGGGAGCUGGUGGAGGAAAUGUGUGCUCCCCCUGAGGUGGAGUGUGACACUUACCACCUACCAUCCACCUUCAGCGCCUCCCUCCAUCCAUCAUGGACACGAGUCACCACCACACUACCAAAGCUGACUGCAGGAGAGCGAACAAGGAUACGCUUGGUGGAGGGUGGUGAUGCUGCUGCCGGGAGCCACAUGCCAUUCUGGGCCAUUGACAACUUGUAUGUGGGUGACUCCUGCCCCUGGAUGUGCUCUGGUCAUGGCUACUGCACUGAGGACCACUCCUGCAGGUGUGAUGAUGGCUACUAUGAGCCUUUCUGUGUCCCAGCGGAGGCCUUGCCCUGUGAGCUGCUGGACACUUUCAAUACUCCAGAGCUUCUUUCUGGCAACUGGUGGGAGGUUCAUGGAGCCGAGGUGUCUCAGCGGUGUGGUGUCCUGGUGUCUAAGUCAGCUCUUGUAUUCUUUAAGGACGGUCUGCGUCAGGCAUCCACUGUGGACUUGGACAUGACUGCUGGUCAGUUCAUGCAGUUUACACUCCAACUUGGUUGUGGCAAAAAGAAUGGGGGCAGAAGCAAGCAAACCUCAGUCUCCAGUAAGGAGGAACCCAGUGACAGGAAGGCACAACAUGCCAGGACCCAUGACUUGCUGGUGCAAUACUCCACAAAUGGUGGCAUAACAUGGGGCCUUCUGAAGGAGAUACACUACCACUCUCAGGCACAGCCCAUCUUCAUCUCCAUCAGCCUGAUGGACUUCCCCCUCGCCCUUACUAACGCCACCAGGUUCAGAGUGUGGCAGCCACAUCAUGGUGGUGUCUCGCAGCACAUGUGGGCCCUGGACAACCUGUUCAUCGGAGGGCAGCCUGUCACUCCCAACGUGCUCUAUGAUGACUUCAGUAGUGACUCCCCAGCCACUGAUGCCUGGGUAGACUGGCCAGCGGGGGAAGUGGGCCACAUGUGUGCUGACCCAGACUCCCCAAGAGGCUUGGUGUUUGGGUCAGGUGAGGGCCACCAUGCACUCUACUCCCGAGACCUGCAGGUGGACGCCCACUCCGUGCUGCAAUUUGAUGUGCGAGUUGGCUGUGGGCAUGUGACACAGCGAGAACACGCAGUGCAGCUGCAAUACAGCCGUGACCUGGGCAUCACGUGGCACACAGUGCGGCCCACUUCUUCCCUGGAUGACCCUGCCACAAACUGCCUGCAUGAGCUGCGCACCCCCACUGUCUUCUACCCCAACAGUGCUCUCAACUGGACCAGAGUUAUUGUGCCACUCUCUGACCUGCAGAUCUGUGGGAGGGUGAGGUUCCGGUGGUGGCAGGGGCAGUAUGGAUCCCGGGACUCCUCAGAACCUUGGGCUGUGGACAAUGUGUACAUUGGCCCUGCCUGCAUACACCACUGUGGUGGCCACGGCUCCUGCAUCAAUGGGGACAUGUGUGUGUGUGACGAGGGAUUCAGCGGUGAGACAACCUGCACGCUGGAGAAGGACAGACCACACUCCCUGACUGAGGACUUUGAAGCUGGCUUGCCCCAGGAGCACUUGUUGCGCUGGGCAGGUGCUGAGGUGCUCAGGUUCUGUGGGGUGCUGACAGGGCAAGCACUGGUGUUCUCCCAACAAGGCGAGAGGAUGCUGGUCACUACAGACCUUGAUCUGACUCAUGGCAGUGUGGUGCAGUUCUACAUUCGCUUCGGCUGCAUGGACAGCGACCCCUUCAAUGGUGAUGGCCCCGUGCUGUUGCAAUACUCCAGUGAUGGCGGCAUCUCCUGGGCACUCCUGGCUGAGCUGGUGCCUGACCCUUCUGAGCCUCAGCGUACCCAGCACAUCACUCUCACCCUGCCAGACUUUUCCAAGACCAACACCACUCGCCUGAGGUGGUGGCAGCCUUCCCAUGAUGGAUCCUUCAACUCACAGUGGGCCCUUGACCAAAUCCAUGUGGGAACUACAGCACAGGGACUGCCCGCCUUCCUUGACAUGGGCACUGGGAUGGGGUGGCUGCUGCGGCCCGGCUCAGUGGUGGAGCCUGUGUGUGGCCACGCCCAACCAUUCCUCCACUUCACAGGUCGUGAUGGCUACAGACUGGCAGAGACACCAGACAUCAUGAUGACACAGACCACAUUUAUCCAGUUCACAGCACUACUCACCUGCAAGGAGCCUGCACCCUGCUUUGAGGUGGAGGUGGAGUACUCAGUGGACCAUGGUGCCUCCUGGUGGCCCCUGAGGCCUGCCUGUCUUCCCAGUGAUCCAGACUGCACAGAGUACUGGAUGUCCUCUUCCCUUACCUCGGACCUGUUUGUUGGGCCAUACCCUGUCACCCUGCAGGCUCCUGCACGGUUGAGGAGGGCUGAGAUGGGGCGAGUGAGGUGGGUGCAGCAGGCUGGGUGGCGACAGCAGCACACAUGGAGCAUCUCUCACGUAUAUGUGGGCAGCGAGUGUGUCCUCAAGUGUUCUGGAAGAGGCCUGUGUGAUGCUGGACUGUGCCACUGCCACAAGGGUUGGACAGGAGAGGAAUGCAAGGAGCCAGUCACUCCCCUGCCAACCUUCCUGGUGGCUGACUUUGAGGGUGAAGCAUGGGUGCUGGAGUGGCAGAGGGCAGUGGGUGGCCAGCCCAGUGAUCAGUGUGGACCUGUGGCCUCUCACCAUUCCCUCCACUUCCAGGGGGGUUGCAGCAGGUAUCUGGAAACCAAAGACCUGGAUCUGCGUGAUGCACUCUUCGUCCAGUUUGACCUGAAGGCAGGCUGUGUGGAGGCUGUGGCAGGGCAGGGCUUGCUACUCCUUCAGGCCUCCUGUGAUGCUGGAAUUAGCUGGACUACUCUCAAGAAGCUCUGGCCACCACACCACCACCCUGUGUAUGUAUGGGUGGAGGUGCCAGAGAGCCUGCGGUGCCUUGGAGGGCGUGUGAGGUGGUGGCAGCCUCAUGCCGGGGACACUCACCACUUUGACUGGGCAGUGGAUGCAGUGGUGGUGGGCGGCAGUGUGAAUCCACCCGACACUCUGACAUACACCCACCCUCACCACCUGGCACCGCCACUGUGGCUCCGCCGAUACAAUGCCAAGCCAGAGUUGUACUGUGACCACCAGCUGCCUAUGUAUGUGAUGAGGUCCACACCUGCUGAACCUGCCCUGCUGCAGACCACAGACUUGCAGAUUGGUAAGAACCACGUCCUCAGCUUCCGUCUGGCACUGGGCUGCAAUGCUUCCUGGGACAACACAGUGCCACCCAUCAGGCUGGAGUACUCGCUGGACUUUGGACACAACUGGCAACUGGUGCGGAUGCUGUGCCUACCAGGGAACAACAGCUGCAGCCACGUGGAUGAUGCCUCAGUGUUCUAUGCACCGCUGGCUUGGAGCAGACAUGUGUAUCCACUCAGCCAUAUCAGCCCCUCAAAGUAUGUCAGAUUUCGAUGGAUACAGGAACGUUCAUCAGAUGUGUCAGAGUGGCACAAGUGGUCUCUGAGGGACGUGUACAUAGGGCCAGCCUGUCCCAAACACUGCCUGGGCCGGGGCUCUUGUCUAGAGGGGCGUUGUCAUUGUGAUGUUGGCUAUGCAGGAGACCACUGCCAGCACCUCACCAUUGAUAAUGUGCCAUACAUCCGUGACCAGUUCUCUGCAGGAGUGUUCCUGCCCCACUUUGUGCAGGUGCAGGGAGGGCUGCUCUCUGGUGGCUGUGGCAACCUGGAGGAGCCGCCCGCUGCCACUUUCCAGGGCGCCAACACCCGCCUGCUGCUGACCCGACCUGUUGACACCCGCAGUGCAAAGUUUGUGCAUUUCCUGCUGAACAUCGGCAGCCAGCAUGGCCACAGUGUGUGCCAGCCAGCCUCUCACCGGCGACACAAUGUGCUGCUCCAGUACUCUCUGGAUGGAGGCAUCCAGUGGGAGCUGCUGCGUGAGCUGGAUCAUGCCCUCUACACACGCCCAGGCAAGGAGUACAUCCACCUACCACCACAAGCCAGGGGGCCAGCCACCUCCUUCAGGUUCUGGCAGCCAAUGCAGGAGCUGACACCACCUGCCUGGUCCCUGGAUGACCUGUUUAUUGGCGGCUCAGAGAUCAGUGCUGCAAAUCUCCUUGAUGAGUUGGAUGAAAACAUCAAGGUAUCAGACUGGUUGUUUGCACCACUCAGCCACAGCGAGAGGAACUAUUGCUCCCGUGGCAAUGACUCCUCCCUGGUGUGGGGCGCCGACUCUCCAGGCCAGCGGGAGAUCACUACUCAGGAGCUGAUCAUCCAGGAGGGACAUGUGGUCCACUUCAAGGUGUCAGUGGGGUGUGAGGAGGAGAGCCAGGAGUGCGGGAACAGUCCUGGGGUACGCUUGGAGUACAGUCUGGAGGGUGGUGUGCGAGGAUGGGACCUGGUGAGGGACCUGUGUCUGCCCGGCUCCUCCCCAGACCCAGACUGCCAUCCAUACACCUUCCACCCGCAGUCUGUGUUUCACACUGACACUCAUGGUUCAUGGCAGCGAGUCACAAUCCCCCUGCCGGAGAAGACGUGGGCCAGCACCACACAACUGCGGUGGGUGCAAGAGGCGGGCGGACCAGGAGGCAGCAGAGUGACACCAUGGUCCCUGGAUGAUGUGUAUGUAGGGACCCCAUGUCCAUCUCACUGCCACGGCCGUGGUGACUGUGUGGGUGGCGGUUGUCGCUGUGAUGCUGGAUACUUUGGUGAGACGUGUGAGCCAAUCCCGUCCCGCAAGGCACCACUCCCCACCAGCCUUGUGGAAGGCUUUGAGGGUGGUGUGAGUGCCAAUUGGGCCUCAGUGACAGGUGGUGGUGUGGGGCUGGGAUGCAGCUCCCUGGCACCAUAUGCUCAUGGCAAGCAUCUCUACUUCUCUGGCUGUGGCACACGGCAGGCCCGCACUGUGGACCUUGACACACGCACUGCAAGCAAGCUCAUGUUUGUAUUGCGCAUUGGGAGCCACGAUGGGAUGCCCUCCUGCCACGUGGAGCUGAGUGACCCACAGCGAGGCCUGGACAAGGGGAUCGUGCUGCAGUACUCGCCUGACAAUGGUGUCUCCUGGACCACCAUUAAUGUGCAUGAUCCACUGGACUUCAAAAAGGCGCGGCGAGUGGCAUACAGUCUGCCUCAGGAGGCGCGGGUGUAUGGGCUGCAGCUGCGAUGGUGGCAGCCAGUGCAUGAUGGCCCCAGCACUGACCAGUGGGCCCUUGAUAAUGUGGAGAUUGUAUUGGCCCAGCGGAGAGACACAAGCAGCUACGACGUUCAGACACUGCAUGAUGCUGAACUUUGAAGGAGGCGCCCUGUGCUUCACCGCCAUUACUGCCCUGAAACAGAACAUUUGAACUCUGCUACACCCAUGUGAAGGAUUCCUCCCAGCACCACACUACACAUAAGCCAUAAGGCGACCCAUGAUGAGCAGCAGAACCCCAUGUAGCUCCAUGGCAGUCAUUGUCGCUCACUGACACCUUGCUAGCCACACCUUGUUGCUUCACCCUAAUUUUCACCUCAAAGCAUUGUUUAUAAUAUGAUGAAUUGUUCUGAAUCAUUGUCAUCACUCGAGACUCAUUUCAGGGACCAACAGAAACUUCAAGAAAAUUCAUGCUUUCCCUUGGAGCCAUCAUGGUGUCAGUGUUCUCUCUCUCUCUCUGUAAGGUGAAUGACUGACCAGUCAUCACAAGAAGGACAAACUUUGGGUAAAGUUAUAACAGGAUGGUUUCUUGAAAUUAGGCUUUUAUCAACAACUACAAGUACAUUGGCUGCUUCUGUUUUCUUUCUCUUCUGCUUUGCACAAUCUUUAGCAAUAUAGACUGGGUUUUAUUUCAUGCAUGUGCUGAACACCUGUGGCAGGCUUGGCUCUCUCCAUGUUAAAGAUUGAAAAAUAUGCACAAGAAGAAAGCAUUCCUCACACAAACUCUACAAAAUAUCAAAGCACACCUCAAUGCUAGCCCAUCACAUGGAGCUCCUCAGCUACUUGGCUGCUUGACUACAUACCAUUAUCAGCAGCAUGACUGGAUACCCAGUCAAGAAGUUUAAAUCUGAGUUUGGCAAGUUCCUGAGGGUAAUGCCUAGUAAAUUCUUUUGGCCCUUUUGCUUUGGGGACUGGCAACUCAGUUUCCCUUUUCCAUAUAGUUUUGUUGCCCUUGAUCAGUACCUAUCUAAAAAAAAAAAAAAAAAAAAAAAAAAAAAAAAAAAAAAAAAAAAAAAAAAAAAAAAAAGGUUACUCUUGGGAUAUGUCAGACACCUUUGCCUGUGGAGCAAUGUUCAAUGCCUUACUGGACUAAAUUUAUCAUCACAGGAAGGAUGUCAUCUACAGAACAGCAGAAGACCGCUGGUGUUGCAAGGCAUGAACAGUCUCAUCUAGAAAAUGAACUUACUCAAUAGUGAUGCCCAAGUACAAAGAGGGAACUGGUUCACUGCAGCUGUCUGAUGACUGAACCAAAGCCAAUAGAAAGGAAGACUGGCCCACCACAUGGCCCAAUGACUUACCCAUAAGUUAUCACAAAAGGAAAGAGUAAGACCAGAGAGAAUUCUAUGGUUUGAUGGGACAAUCUCUGUUGAUAAGAGUGGAAGAUUGAUUGGUAAACAACACUCCAUUCUCCAUUGCAGGCCCACCUCUUUUUACUGACUUUGAUUGCACUGUUCCUGCUUCUCCCUUCACUGAUGUCAUGGGGCCUUUUUUGUGUGUUUUCCUGCAGAUUUCUUGACUAUGAGGGUAAAUGCAAAUUGUUAUUACAUGUGGUUUGCUGCGUGGGACAUCCAGGUCGCCAUGGCUGCCUCAGAGUGUGUGGAGUGUGUGUAGUCCUGUGGAAUACAUGGACAAGUACAAAGUUUUCUUGCAGUAUUUCAUUCCAAAUGCAAGAUGAUCAUAAUCUGUGUACUUAAAUUGAAGUACAAGCAUGUACUUUCAGUACCAUUUUGUAAUAUAUUCUUGUACAGACUCCAAGAUCCCGUAAUUCAGUUAGUAAGUGCUUUUCACAAGUACUCUGUAUUGCUUCCACAUUGUGGCUUUUGUCCAUGUAACGUUAUUUUUCAGCUUUAUUGAAGCUGAAUAUUGUACACAGUACACAUGCAUGUGAAUGUUAAAUGGUGGAAGUCUUCAUGUUUACAUCAUCUUCACUGUUGCAGACUAAACACAAGACCUCACUUUUAAGGCAGGGUCACACUGGCUGUGAUGUUACUCUAGAUAUGGAAUGCCACGUCCUGACACUGGUGAUGCUUGCGAUGCAAGUAUUCACACCAUGAGUAAUGAUGUGCUAUGCCUUGUGCCUUCUCUUCCAAGAGGAGGAGUGCAGUGACAAGUGAUAGCAUGCCCUUGUUGCUCAAAGUGAUUCACAAAUUACUCAGGACACACAUGCAUCAGCCAAGCUAUAUGUCUGAAAAAAUCGCUGGGCAAGAUACAUGAGCAACAAUCGCACACAUUGCAAGCAUAGCACUGCAUCUGGUGUGAACACCCUUAUUUAAAAACACUGUAGCAACUGGAAUCUACAUGGUUUUGCAGUGUGCACAUCCUAUAUCCAGAGUAACAUCACAGCCAGUGUAAACUCGCCUUUACUUAUGAGUGAGAAGCUGUAAUGACUGCUGAGCCAGGUUCCAACAUCCAAGGGAGUAAUGGUGAAAGUCAAGCAAACUUCACAACACCUUAAGGUUGAUGAUCAAAUUUUAAAAUGUCACCCUGACCUUAGUAAGCUCAUCCCAUUUAGUGACCAUUCAAUCAGCUCAACUAAUAUUCAAAAAUAUUUCCAAAAUAUAUUUCAGAUACAUACAAAUAUUUGUAUGUAUCUGAAUUCAAAAAGCAUAUCUUUAGUUUCUUUGUACUGAUGCUUAGAAUUGUGGAUUCCUUAGUACUUUACUUUAUUGUAAUUAGUUAUCGGUGACUCAUAUAUACUACUUAAAAACAAUCAUUUGCUUAUGUUGUAUCAGUGUUGUCUUCUUAGUUCCCUUGUCUCACAGUCAUCAAGAUCUGUAUUUAGGCUUGUUAAAAACUGUACCUCCAGUCUGCCCAAUGCUCAUUGUACCAUUGCCACCUCAGAUGUUGUAAUAAACUAAUAAUUUAUCUGUUCUAUGUAAACAUGGUGUAAAGUUUUCUUGGCCCCAAAAUCAAAGCAGAGGUAAUAUUGAUAACAGACAUUAUGACAUGGCAGUGAAAGCAGCAUGCACAAGCAACUAUAUUAAAUUUUAUUAUGAAAAUUUAUGUAUGUGUGAGUGUUUAGUGCCUUGUCUGGAACAUCCUGUGUGGAAUUGCCAACCUAGUAUAUAAAGAUUGAUUUUU